AUGGCUUACAGGUCUGUAGAGCAUGAGUCUACUGGAUACACUCCAUCUCAAAUGAUGUAUGGAAGGGAAAUGCGCCUACCUGAAAGUGGAGGUCACGAGUUGUACAUGCUGAUCGACUUUGGAAGUAUUAUGGACCAGGCAAGUUUGCCUGGCAGGAGCAAGGAAAGACUAGAACCAGCGGACGAGCCACCUCCAGAGGUCAAAAAGGAAAAAGAAUGGUCAUCAGGUGUGCUGGCUGAUGGUGGUGGUCAGGAUGGUAAGGCAUAUAAAGAAGAAUGCCUGGUGUCUAGUCCUGAUAGGGUUUCUGAGGCGCUCCAACUUGCAACAUCUAUGGAGGCCCAUCCUCGAGAGCCCCUAGAGCCCCGAGAGCCCCCAGAGCCCCCGAGAGCCCCCGAGAGCCCCGCAACCCCCGAGAGCCCCAAAAGCCCCGAGAGCCCCGAAAGCCCCGAGAGCCCCCAGAGCCUCGAGAGCCCCCGAGAAGCCCCCAGAGCACCCGAGAGCCCCGAGAGCCCCGAGAGCCUCGAGAGCCUCGAGAGCCUAACGAGCCCCGAGAGCCCCCAGAGCCUCGAGAGCCCCCGAGAGCCUAACGAGCCCCGAGAGCCCCCAGAGCCCCCAGAGCACCCGAGAGCCCCGAGAGCCCCGAGAGCCUCGAGAGCCUCGAGAGCCCCGAGAGCCCCGAGAGCCCCGAGAGCCCCCAGAGCACCCGAGAGCCUCGAGAGCCCCGAGAGCCCCCAGAGCCUCGAGAGCCCCCGAGAGCCUCGCGAGCCCCCGAGAGCCUCGCGAGCCCCGAGAGCCCCGAGAGCCCCCAGAGCACCCGAGAGCCUCGCGAGCCCCGAGAGCCCCGAGAGCCCCCAGAGCACCCGAGAGCCUCGCGAGCCCCGAGAGCCCCGAGAGCCUCGAGAGCCCCGAGAGCCCCGAGAGCCUCGAGAGCCUCGAGAGCCCCGAGAGCCCCCAGAGCACCCGAGAGCCUCGAGAGCCCCGAGAGCCCCCAGAGCCUCGAGAGCCCCCGAGAGCCUCGCGAGCCCCCGAGAGCCUCGCGAGCCCCGAGAGCCCCGAGAGCCCCCAGAGCACCCGAGAGCCUCGCGAGCCCCGAGAGCCCCGAGAGCCCCCAGAGCACCCGAGAGCCUCGCGAGCCCCGAGAGCCCCGAGAGCCUCGAGAGCCCCGAGAGCCCCGAGAGCCUCGAGAGCCUCGAGAGCCCCGAGAGCCCCCAGAGCACCCGAGAGCCGCGAGAGCCCCGAGAGCCCCGAGAGCCCUUGAGAGCCCCGAGAUCCCCCGAGAGCCCCGAGAUCCCCCGAGAGCCCCCGAGAGCCCUCGAGAGCACCGAGAGCCCCGAGAGCCCCGAGAGCCCCCAAGAGCCCCGAGAUCCCCCGAGAGCCCCCGAGAGCCUCGAGAGCCUCGAGAGCCCCGAGAGCCCCCAGAGCACCCGAGAGCCGCGAGAGCCCCGAGAGCCCCCGAGAGCCCCGAGAUCCCCCGAGAGCCCCGAGAAGCCCCGAGAUCCCCCGAGAGCCCCCGAGAGCCCCCGAGAGCCCCGAGAGCCCUCGAGAGCCCCGCGAGCCCCGUGA